AUGAAAAACACUGUUUUGUUACAUGAACUCAAUAUCAAUGAUACAUUUAAUUUACAAAGAAGUGAAUUUAUUAACAAAGCACAAGACCUUUUUGAUGACAUUAAAGAUACAAUUUAUGGAAUAUUAAAACAUGCAACAGUACAACUCAAAAAAUUUGGGAAAAUAAUUUUAGUUGGUGGAGGUGCACGUAUUCCAGGUGUUAAAGAAGCUGUAACAAAGGCGAUGACUAGAGUAAACAAAAAUGGCAAUUGUAAAAUUGAGACGGAAGAUAAAAUGACAACAGUUUCUGAAGGUUGUGCGAUACAUGCAUCUAAAUAUUUAGGUACAAAUGUUUUCAGUAACAUCAUUCAGAGAUCGUCUUAUGCAGUUGGACUCAGUGUAAGUGGUGUUUUUGAAACUGUUGUGCCAAGGGAAGUCGUAUUGCCCGUUCACUUUGAGAAAAUGUACGAAUGUGAAAAAGGAGAGAAAGAAAUUGUUCUGAGGUUUUAUAAGACCGAAAUUGAACUAAAAAAGAAUGUUGAAUACAGAACAAAUUGUAUGGGAUUCAAACAUCUAGUAGACGUUAAAAUACCACCUGGCGACUCUGUAAAAAUAGAAGUGGAUGUCGAUUUAAUUGGAAACACUGCAAUCAAAGCAACUCUAAGAAAUGGCCAAGUGUUGAAAGGUGGCAUGUUGGUUGAUACUUCAUCACUCGACAAAGAACUGCUUGCAUUGAAAAGGCACAUCGAAAACACAAUAAGUUUUAAUUGA